GACUCGACGCACACAGCGUCUACACCCUCCCCCGACGCUACAUCCCGCCCCCUCGUCGUCGUUCACAACAUCGAGCUCAUCAUGGCCUCCAGCGCCCGCCCCAUCCGUCUCCCCGUCGACCAGGACGCCACAAUGGCCUCUUCGUCCUACACUAACAACGGCUCUUUCAACGCCAACCCUGCCUCAUACACCCGUCCUUUCUUCGGCUCCCCCAUCUCCUGGAGAGCUGGCUCCUUUGGCAGCCGUUUCUACCACCCAGGCAACUCCCCUGGUCAGCUUCUCGGCCCAUUAGAUCCCACCGACUUCAGAGCCGGAAAACUCUCCUCUUCGCUAGAAAGUGACCGUGGCUCCCUCAUUAAUGCCCUCAGCGCCAUGGAACGCGAGGAGGAAUUCUGCCGCAAUUACACUUGCUGUGGCCUUAAUCUCACCGAUCUCCACGCUCUCGUUGACCACUUCGAGGAAUGUCACGUCGUCGUCGUAGACCCAUACACCCAGCAAGCCGCAUACGUAUCCCCUGCACCAGGCACGACCGUCAAGCCAAAUAAUUACAUGACCGCAGAGCAGCAACUCAGUCUCCAGCAGCAACAACAUCUCCGAUUACAGCUCGAUAUGCAACAGCAGCAACAACAACAACAGAUGCAGCAACAGCAACAUCAGCACCAUCAGCAGCAGUCCCUUCCUCAAUCGAAUCUCUCAUCGCAUCCGCAGCAGCAGUCCCAAGUCGGUGCCUUUGAUCCAGACGACAUGGAGCUUGACCUCGACUCAUCACCCUCUUCCUCUGCCUCUUCGCCACCACAGACUCCACUCUCUACCACCAUCACCCCUUACCCUUCCAACUCGGCAUAUCCUCCCGCCGGUCUCUCCAAUCUCCAGACCAACCUCCCACUUUCGCAACCGCACCCGAAUUAUUCCCACCUCAAUUUCAAUUCGCUCAGCCUCAAUUCUCCCCACUCGCAGCCCACCUCAUCAUGUCCGUCCCCCGUCUCCGCCUUCGACACCACCACCGUCCUUCCCUCUCGUUCGUCGCCCCUUGGCAACUUCCCUCCCUCCAUGGCUCAGCGCUCCAACGCACCCGCCGACGCCUUCAAUGCCUACUCCACCUACGCAGAGUACAACAACACUCCUAAUUCCGCUGGCAUGUCUGCCGCCGGUAUGAUGCAACAGCAGGCCUCGAUGUCGACAGACGAGUGGAGUGCCAGUGGUGCAAACGGCCAAGGUGUUGCGAGCGAGCCUUCGACGCCCUACGGGUGCGUUCCGCCCGCGUUACUCUUCUCCAACCACACUACCCCGGCCGGCACUCCCGCCGGCUCGCGAGACGGGUCCCCGAAGUCCGCCUCUGCGACCGCUACCCCGGCGACGUACCAGCCCCAGGCGUCCUCGUCCUCCAGCGCUGCGUCGUCGUCUACGGCAAAGGCAUCCAAGAAAUCGGGCAAGUCGUCGCCCGCGCCACGCGCUUCUGGCUCGUCGUCGUCAUCUGCUAAUGCGUCCGCCGCUGCCGCUGCUUCUAUCGCCUCCCGACCCGGCGCCUCUCUCCUUCUCUCGAAGCCGUUCCGCUGCCCGAAGCCGAACUGCAACAAGUCGUACAAGCAGGCGAACGGGCUCAAGUAUCACAUGACGCACGGCUCGUGCAACUUUGCGCCUCCGAAGGAUCUCGAGGCACUACAGGCGCUGUUGGCGGAACGGGCGGAGAGGCAGGCACUUGCGAACGGAGGCGCCGGAGCGAAUGGCGCGGGAGGCGCCGGGGGAAGGUUGGAGGUGAAAGUUGGUGCGGGUGGAGUCGUGGAGGGUGUGAAUGGAUUGGGGAUGGGGAUGAAUAUGACGGAGGGGGAGAUGAGGGAGGUGGAGAGGGAGGCGGAGAGGCGGUUGAGGCCUUUUGCGUGCGGGGUGGGCGAGUGCCAGAGGAGAUAUAAGAAUAUGAACGGCCUCAGGUACCACUACCAACACUCUGGUGACCACGGCGCCAUCGGUCUCGCCCUCCUCGCCUCUGGCCAACACGAAUGCCUACAAAACUCAAAAGCCCACGCCUCGUCCAUGCACCGUUCCUCGUCGCACUCCCGAACGAACUCUGCGUCUGCAUCGACGUCGACGAGCAGGACCGGGACGCCGCAUUCGACUGCACCGAGCACGCCUACGACGGGCGCUGCGCCUCCCGCUUGGGCACAGAUGCAGCAGCAGGUCGUGGCGCAGCAACAUCAGCAGCAACAACAGGCGGCUCAACAACAACUUGCUCAGUCGCAGGUGCAGCAGGUGCAGCAGGGUCAGCAGCAGCCACAGUCGUACACGGCGUAUCAGCAUUCGUUCCCCGCCCAACAGGUCGCGGCUACGGCGCAACCGGCUCAGCCCCAGCAAGCGGCUCAACAGUAUAGUCCGCAGGCUCAGCAGGCGUAUGCUCAGCAGUAUGGGCAGGGCGUCCAGGCCCAGGGUGUGCCGGUGGGAGGGAGCGGCGGACAGGGAUAUGCGCAGGCGGUGCAGGUGCAGCAAGGGUAUGGGCAGCAGCAGCAAUGAUGAGUUGAGUGAGCUGUUGUGCUGUUGUGGAUCGUUGUUUUCGUUUUCGGGGCCUCUUUUCCUUCGGCCUUUUCGUUGCCGUUCUCUCUGCUCGUUUUCGUUCGCUGUAGACGUCAUCCGUCGCCCACGCCCAUGCCCAUGGACGCUGCGAGGUUGACAUACAUAAAAACACCCCACCCCCCACCCAAAAGUAUUGUUCCCGUUCGGAUUGGACCAAUGACUGCGUACUACAGCUAUUUUCUACUAUUACUUUUUUUCUUCUUUUUUACUCGUACCGCUAUCUGGUGCGAUGUGUGUCUGCUUGUCUGUGUCUGCUUGUCUCCCUCCUCCCCUCUCACCUCUCAUCCGUGUGUCCCUCCGUGCUCCGUGCUUGUUCGUGUCUUGAUGCUCCGUGGUCUGCUACUGUUGUUGUUGUUUCCUACCCCCCUGUUUCCUACCCCUUGUGUCGUGUCCUCCAUUCGAAAUUUCGUAAUUCGAUUGUUGUUUUUGUUAGAUACAUAUAAAGUUAUGCUAUACUUCGCGCGUUGUUGGUGUUUGUUCCCCUUUGCGCAAUAAGUACAUAAGCUUCGUCUUUCGUCUUUUCGUCUUUCGUCUUUCGUCUUUCGUGUCACACCUCUCAGAUUCUAUCUCGUCUCGACUUUUACAUAGAUUCCGACUCAUGGCCAGUGCGUCCCCUUUUCCCACCCGCGCACACGUAUGUAUACGCAAAAUAGCGAGAAGCGAGAAGGGACGCCCACUCAGAUAAAAAGUACAUAUAUUAUUGUCGUAUGUCGUACAUAUUUUCUUUCCUCUUUCCUUUUUUUCCCCCGGUUCUGUGAUUGUGAUCAUGAUUCAUCGAUCAUUACUGCUUUUUUUUGUUUUUGGUGGUGGGGUUCGAUUUCUUUGUGGCUUUGAACGGGGUUCUUUCGAUUUGGUGAUCAAUGCUUGGAGCUUGGAGCUUGGUUUUUGCCGUCCGUUUGUGGAUGCGAUGGGGCGUGGUGGCGUGGUGGUGGAUUUGAGGGUUUGAGGAUUUUUGAGGUGGGUUGGACGGUUGGCGAGGGAGGGCAGGAGGGGACGGCUAGGAGGAGGAGGAAGAGUAGGAUGUAUGCCUUGCCUUGCCUUGGAAUUGUAUGCUGCGAUUCGUUUAUGCUACUAUGCUACCUUGUUACUUUUGAC